AUGAUCUCGUCACUUUGCUGCAUCUUUGCCGCGCUGAUUGUGCUGUCGAAGGCAUGCUUUGGAGUUCGAACCUAUUUCUACGUUGGCGGCCAUUACGUGAAUGCCACUCUACCGGGAGCCAACACCACAGGACAGUACAUGGUCGGUCAAAUCUACGUUGAGAAACUUCUGCCUCGAGAAACCACAAAGCAAUACCCAAUCAUCUUCAUAUCCGGCAAUGGACAGACGUCGACAAAUUUUCUGAACACACCUGACGGACGCGAAGGCUGGGCAUCAUAUUUCCUGGGGCAGGGUUACGCUAUAUACCUCACGGAUCAAAGCUCAAGAGGACGCUCGUUCUUUCUGCCAGGCGGCAGUGAUCUCACAGCUUUUUCAACAGCGCAAGAAGAGUCGCUCUUCACUGCACCUGAGAAGCAGAAGCCACUACCUUACCCUCAAGCAGCUUUGCACACACAAUGGCCCGGGGCUGGUCUUGCAGGCGAUCCUAUCUUUGAUGCCUUCUAUGCGAGCCAGGUCCAGGCCUUGUCGAACGGAAAAUUGCAAGUACUUUAUAACAAUGUCUCUUACAAUGCUCUCUUGGACAAGAUCGGGCCUAGUUUCGUUAUCACGCACUCACAGUCUGGACCGUACGGCUUCUCGCUUGCUGAUACCAGGCCGGAGCUCGUCAGAGGUCUCAUAUCGUUGGAACCACAAGGUCCACCGAUCGAGAAUUGGAAUGGACCGCCAUUUCAAUCUGGUUACAGCACUACCGGCGGCGCCCGCUCGUACGGUCUGACUGCUGUACCGGUGCAUUACGAUCCCUCAGUCUCUAGCGCUGCCGAGUUGGACAUCGAGCUAGUAGCAGCCAGAAACUCCAAUUCGUCGAAAUGCUACAGACAAGUUGAACCAGCGCGGCAGCUUGUGAACAUUGCCAAAGUGCCCAGCCUCCUUUUGACAAGCGAGUGUAGCUAUCAUACGGUAUACGACUACUGCACGGUCGAGUGGGCGAGACAGGCUGGAGUUAAGAUGGACCAUGUGCCGUUGGAGACGGUGGGAAUUCAUGGCAAUGGCCAUUUCUUAUUUUUGGAGAAGAAUAAUCUGGAGAUCGCAGCGAAAGUUGUCUCGCCGUGGCUCGAGAAGCUUGGGGUUUCGAACUCGACUUCGUAGAUCUUGCUCAUAUAUCGACAGAAUACUGUGUCGGAUCUUUGUGGCGCGGUAGCUUUCUCGUGAAUCCCUCCUCUCCUCUCAUCAGCAUAUUGACGUCUCUCGCGCCCAUUUCGCGAUGGGAUAUCGUGCGCAGCAACAUCUUGGUUUGCUGCGCUGACCGUACGUGCCGCUUCCUUUCCCUCGAAUGCUACCUCCAGGCUCGUUUCGACGUUUCCAAUGCGCGAUGAUGGUAGUGAGAAGCAAUGCCUCAUCCAUUCCACCCACUGACCAUCGUCAUUCCUGGCUCUCCGUCCACCACGUCUAAUCCUCAUACGCGUUGCUCGAAGCUAUCCUCUCAAAGCGCUUUCCUGAUGUCUUUCGCUCUAGUCUCGACAUAGAAGCCAGGAUCUGGUCUUCGCAACUCUUUCAUCUCCGUCUUGCUCAAAGGUGAGUCCACUUCCUGCACAUCGACGAGCUCUUUGAUUGCAAAUAUCUGUCCAGCGGCGUGUCUGGAGACUGGUUGGUAUACUGUUGUCAAGCGCUUCUUGAGGCCGAGCGCGUAGAGGACUCCGGAAGUCUUUUUCGGUAGACCAAUUGCUGAGCGCAGGAGCGUGAUGCGGAAGUAUGCCAUAUUUGAUCUGGGAGUGUAGGCUCUCUUGUGCGAUUCGAUGAUGUCGUGGUGACUGCUGUCAGCGAUCUCGAUAGAUUGUG